CAGAGGAGAGAAAAAUUAAACAAUCUUUUACAAAGAGAAGAAUAUGAACUGCAUCAGGAGUUGGUAACUAAGCAGCACAAUGAGGAAUGCCGUUAUUGUACAGAAAGAAAUAAUAGAGCACAAAAAUAUGAAGAAGAAAUAGAAAUGGAAAAAGCACGCGAGUGUCUUAAGGCUUUAGAAAGGGAAAAAAUAGCAUACGGCAUGAAAUGCAGCAAAAUAGAUGAAAUAAAACUACGUGAAAUUCAAAAGAUGCAAAUGGAAGAAAGAAAAAUAAUUGAAAAAAAUAACGCAGAAGUUGAUGAGUUAUGGCACCAGGUUCUACUAAAUGAUAUUAGAAUAAAGGAAGAAAACGAAAGAAGAACAGCAGAAAGACGAAAACGAGAAAUGAUUGAACGUCGGAUGGCCUAUGAUGAACAAAUAGCAAGUGCUAGUAGAAAAAGGCGAGAGACAAUACAAACAGAGAGAGAAAUAGAGAACAGAAGAUUAGAAAAUAUGAAAAAGAAAAUGGAGCAAGACUAUUAUGAAGCGAUCAAAAGGAAGAAAGAACAACAGCUUAUCAACAAACAAAACUGCAUGGAAUUGCAUGAAAUAAAACUUAUGGAACUUAGAAACAAAGUAAAACAAGAAAAAGAAAUCGAUGUUAACACAAUCAUGAUAGCUAUGGAGGAAUUGAGGAAUGAGAGACAAAAGGAAUUGAACAAAAUCCAAACUUUAAAAAUGGAAAAAGAUAUAUUCAUCGACAAUUACAAUCGUGAGAGAAUAAUGAAAGAGAAGUUGCAAAAAGAAGCGGAGAAGAUAAGAGAUGAAUGGAAGGAGAAAGAACAGAGAGAAGCAGAUGAAAUUAUCCGACAAAUUAAAAUGAAUAGACAAGCAAAUAAAAUGAAUGCAGCACACGAAUAUAAAAGAUACAUAGAAGAAAGGAGCCGUGAAAUGGAGAUAAAAAGACAAGAAAGAAGAGAAACGAUGAAAAAAGUAAAGAGAACGGCAUACAACGAAUUACGCAAAAAAUUAGAUGAAGCUAAUGAUGAAAUGAGACAGCAAAUUGAAUAUCGUAACACAUUAAACAAUCAAAUACGAGAUGAUGAAAAAAAUUUGGAACUCGAAGUAAUUGAAAUUGAAAGAAAACAGCGUCCAUUUACAAAAAAGGCAAUUAUGUUUAAGGAAGCGAUGAGAGAUGUGGCCAACCGAUCACUUGUCAGUGAGAACCCCAUUCAUCCUUUUGAAAGAAAAAUGCUGAAAAAUGAAACAAUUAAUUCAUCUGUUUCGUUACCUUUUCUAAAUAAAUAAAUAUGGAUUUUAA